UCAUUCGCGUAUGACGCGUCGCUCUCGACGCGGCCGGCUGUCGGGUCACAGAUACAUAAUACGAAAUGUAUCUCUCGAGGUUAGUUUAAUUUAGCAUCAAACUAUGAACACAUACGUGAUUGUAGCGGUAUUUUUUAUUUCUGCGCAACAUAUGCAAGCUUGGCCACUCGAAGUUGUGAAUGUUCAGGAUUUUUUCGAAAACCAAACCAUGAAUAUGAAAUCGUUUUUCGAGGAACAAAAAAAUAAAGUGGAAAAGGCCUUCAAUUCGAGCUACGAAGAUGCCAUCCGAAUGAAGAAUUCAGUGACGAAUUACGUCGAUGACAAACAAAAGAAGAUCAGUUCUGAUAUUAAUAAUUAUGUUGAAAGUGUUAAGGAGAGUGGAAGAAAAGUGACGGAUUCCUGGUCGUAUCUGCCGACCGAGGAGCCUGGAGCUGUGAUGGAGAAUCCAGACAUGUUUUUGUCGGUGCCGGCUAUAAUUCUUCGUCAAGGUUACACGUGUGAAACACAUACUAUUCUCUCUCAGGGCUAUUUAAUUAAUGUUCAUAGAAUACCACAUCCCAAAGCUGGUGGAAAAAUUUCAAAGAAAACUGUAUUGUUGCAGCAUGGUCUCUUCGGUAGUUCCGCUGAUUGGAUAUUAAAUGGACCCGAUAAAGCCCUAGGAUAUGUUUUGGCUGAUGCAGGAUAUGAUGUUUGGAUGUGUAAUAUACGAGGGAACAAAUAUUCAAAAGAGCACGUGUCGUUAAAAAGUGAUUCAAAGUCAUUUUGGAAUUUUUCUUGGCAUGAUGUCGCCUUGCACGACAUUCCCGCCGUUAUCGAUCACAUCCUAAAAGUUAAAGGAGACGCCGCCAUUACAUACAUCGGCCACUCAAUGGGCACUACUAUAUUGUUUGCAAUGCUGACAUUACGACCAGAAUACAACGAUAUAUUAAAGGCGGGUAUUGCCCUGGCUCCUGUUGCGUUUCUAUCUGAUUUAAAGUCGCCUUUGAAAUCCUUGGCGCCGAUAGCGAGUAAUGUGGCAUAUAUGGAGAUGCUAUACGGUUCUCAUGAGUUCAUUCCUAAGGAUUCAGUGUUGGGUAGGAUGACAAAGUCCUGUGACGCCGAUAGUAUGGAUUCAUUAGUGUGUAAAAAUGUUGUCUUCUAUAUUUGUGGUUACAAUGAGAAACAGUUCAAUAAGACUCUUUUGCCAGUGUUCUUAUCAAAUCUGGGAACGGGGACAUCUUGGAAGACAGCCGUUCAUUUUGCCCAGGAGAUAAUGGCAGAUGGCAGUUUUCAACAAUUCGAUUACGGUUCGAAAGAUAACCUGAAAAUUUAUGGUACAGAAAAACCACCGAAAUACGAUCUAAGUAAAAUAACAUUACCGAUUACUUUAUUCUGGGCAGAAAACGAUUUACUUUCAAGCGAGAAAGACGUACAACUUCUUUUCGAAAACCUGCCCCCAUCCUCGAGGCAAAUUUAUAAGGUUCCAGAUCAAGAUUUUAACCAUUUAGAUUAUCUUUGGGCCAUCGAUGUAUCUAAAUUAGUAAACGAGGAAGUUAUAAAUACUUUAAAUAAUGCUUAUUCCGCGGAUUCAGCGUCUACGAGUUUAUGGGGCCAGCUUUUAGGGAGUGGAAAAUGAUAAAAUACAGAAAAAAUAAUUAAGUUUCAUUGUAAGUGAAUUAUCAUGAAAUUCGACAAGGAAUUCAAUUGUUACAAAAGACAGUGAAGACAUUUUGUAAUAUUAGUUACUGUAUUAAUAGUUCGAGAAGAAUUAUUUUAGUUAGUUAGUAACGGAAAGAGUAACUUGAACAAAAGAUAAUACGAAUACAGACAUUUAAAGCUUAUCGCGACACACGCAGGAUUUAUGUCGAAGGAGAAGCCAGUUACACCACAGUGCCACCGUUACAGCU